UGGAUAACAUUUACACAGAGUGAAGGUUGAGUUCAAGUCAUUACAGGUAUUUGUGCCAGGGUUCCAUUCCUGUCAGCCAAGAAUAGGAAUCUGAGGCUAUAAUGGGCACAGACUCACUGAAACUGGACAGUUGAAGAUUAGAAAACAAAUCACCCGGUCUUUUUCCAGUCUUCAACUGUCCAGUUUGGAUGAGUCUGUGCUAAAGAUAUUUCAGCCUGCAGAUCCUCUGCUCACAGGAUUUUUUUUUUUGUUGUGUGUGAAAACCCCAUGAGAUCAGCAGUUUUUAAAAUACUCAAACCAGCCCAUCUGGUACCAACAGCCAUGCCACAGUUAAAGUCACUGAGAGCACAUUUUUUCCCCAUUCAUGAUGUUUGAUGUGAACAUUAACUGAAGCUCUUGACCUACAUGUUUCUACAUGUUUUUUGCAUUGUGCUGCUGCUACGUGAUUGGCUGAUUAGAUAACUGCAUGAAUGUGCAGGUGUUCAGUUGUUCAUAAUAAUGUAGAUGAUGAGAGUAUGUGUAUGCAUUGUAGCAGGUUAGGGCAUGGUUUAAUGUGGCACACCCAUUUGCACUACUGUAUCUCUCUAUCUCUACGUUUGUUUCAGUUCCCAUUUUUACCACUAGGUGCAAGAAUAUCUCUAUGUAGAUAAAUGAGGCAGUGAACACACUUGCCCUAUGACUGUGCAACAUCUAUAGGCGAGCAAUUCAAUGGAACAUUGUCAUUAGUAUUUCAACAGAAUUGUGAAUUGUUGUAUGAGAGAGAAUGUUGUAUUGAGAGUUGUAAAUGAGGACUUUAUGAAGACAUCUGUUAAAUAGCUAAUAUCCCUUAUAUGAUAGGGGUCUGCCCCACCCACCCCUUGGGAUAAGCCACAACUGAUUAUUAUAUUAAUCUUAGCAUUACUCCUUAGCCAAAAUAUAUUUCCGGUAAGAGAAAUCUGGGUGUGGAAAUGAGGAAAUACUGGUUAGGGCAGGGCAUACCUUUAAGGUAAGUAAAGUGUAACACAACAAGAAAAGCAAAACAUACAAGUUGGUUACUGAUCUGUAAGACAGACAGUACGGAACGUAGAAACAGUUAAGGUUAUCAACAUAGGCAAGCCAAAUAGUACAUGGCUAGGAUGUUGGAUUGAACCAAUAUCAACAAAAUCUAUCACAGAAAAAAAAAAGAAUAUGACAGGAUAAGAAGACAACCCAGCACUGUUGCUCUUUCCUACACAUCUCAGCAGCAUGUUGAAUUCAACUAAUGUAACAAGCCUGUGUGAUUCAGAAGACAGGUUAUGCAUAAUACAGGUAUACCAACAGGAACUCAUAGUGAUUCCAGUGCUGCUGCUGGCAGCAUUCCUCUGUUUGUUGAUAAGUUUGUGUUUUCUGAGGCUGUGCCAGAAGGAGGAGAUCAUAAAACAUAACUCCCAAAGACAACACUUCAGUAACAAGAGGCAACACCUGCAGGGCAUUGAUGCACCUCCAGAGCUGAACCCCUUGGCCUAUGAAGUUGUACCUAUGACAGUCCAAACCCAGAACCACAAGCCCAGCAGACAGCCUGCAGAACCGCAGUUGUCCACUGAGAGGCAGCAUGGUUCUUUUGAGCAAAUCACCCGACUGCCCCUGUCUUUCACAGUAAAACCAGAAAACACAGUCACUCUCUACCAGGCCACUAUGGACCAGAAGCCAGUUGUCUUACGAGUGCUCAGUGAAUCAGCUGAUUCCAGGGAGCGCCAGGUCUUCCUGAGCUUUGCCCACUUCCUGUCAGAACUUGGGCCCCACCCAUGCCUGCCCAGACUGCUAGGGGUGGUGAGAGACAAGUCACCCCUAACUAUGAUAUUGGAGCAGCUGGAGAACAGAGAUCUUCUAGGAUUCUUAUGGAGAUGCAGACAGGGCCACCCAGGUCUGGCAGCCCAGUGUGCUAUUACAGAAAGAGUGCUUUUCUCAAUGGCAAGACAGAUCGCCUCCGCUCUGGAACAUCUACACAGUAAGAACUGCAUUCAUGGCAACGUUGGUGCACGAAGUGUCUUGGUUGGUCGAGACCUCUCCGUAAAGCUCUGGGGCUUUGGCCCAGCUUUUCGUAGGAGGAUGAAGGUGGGGACUUCAGGGGAGGUGAAGGAAGUAGAGAUGAGAAAGUGGCACGCUCCAGAGGUGUUAGCCCGUCAACCUGUCGGUCAAAGCAGUGAUAUAUGGUCAUUUGGUAUCUUGCUGUAUGAAAUGGUAACAUUAGGGGAACCUCCCUUCCCUAAAGUAAUGGCCAGUGAACUCCUGCAGUACUUACAGAGAGGGAAAAACCUAAAGAGACCAACCAACUGUUCCAACUCACUAUACUCCAUCAUUAAGGCAUGUUGUCAAUGGAGACCACAAGAUCGAGCUCCACUGAAGACGGUGAUUUCAAUGCUCCAAUUUGCUGAGAGCCACGCCAGUGACACAGUGAUACUUCAAGCACCUGAGCCACUGGACAUUGAGAAGUACAUGCAGGAAGCGGGCUAUGAAGAGGCUUACAAUUUUGCUGUCCUUUAACAGGACUUUUGAAAGUAGUUGUAUACUUUUGUAGGCCUAAUGUAGUGGUAUUCAUGUUAUGGGGCGUGGUCUGCUGGGGGCGGAGGGGGAUGUGGUGCACAGGGAUACUGCAGGCUGGGAAAAAAGCAGAACUGAUUUUAGUUUGGUAAUUUAUUUAGUAAUAAACAUAAACUUCUGCAAUAAAUUUAAACAAUGUAUACAUGAUCGGUACAAACAACUCCCAGAUGCAUCUGUCACCCUUAGCAUGUGAAAGGGGAGUUAUUUUAGGAACCAUUUCAACCUUCUCAAAUAUAAAAUUGGUCAUUAUCAUCAUCAUCGUCAUCAACAACAACAACAACACGAAAUAUAUAAGAAUUUAUUUUUGAAUAUAUAAUAUAUAUAAGAAUAUAAGAAUAUAUAAAUUCUAUAUAGGACCACUUCAUAGGAACUUCACUUCAUAAUGGGAUGUUUUUAAUCAUGACCCACACAUGACCCAGUAUAAGCUCUAAGCUCGGAUUUUAACCUCAAAUAAAGAAAAAAACACCUGGAAUAUCUGUUAAUAUAUUUUUUUAUUUAUGUUGUUUAAUGUUAACCCUUAAAAUGAAUUGAAGGGGUUUUUAAUUUAGUGUGGUGGCACGGUGGCACCUCACAGCUCAGGGUCCCUGCUUUGUUUCUGAGUUUACGAUCCUCAGGUUCCUGUCUGUGUGGAGUUUCACGUGUUUGUGGGGUGAGUUCUCCCUCCGGACCCCUGCAACCCUGACCAGGAUUCCGUGUUAUGUUUUUAACAUCCAUAGUGAUUCUUUUAAACAUGGAUUUGGAAGAUAUAAUUUAUUUGGACAAAAUAUUAGUGUUGAUUUUGUUUAUUUCUAUGAACGUUUUUAUGUCAUCAUCACCAGACGUGGCAAAAUAAAUUAUUUAAUUUUGACUUAAGAUAUGAAAUCUCUUAAGAUGAAGAUGGAAAGGAAGACGAGAUUUCACCGGAAGCCCCUUUAACAGGAAUGUAUAAAUCAAUGUGAGCUAGCUAGUCAGCUAGCCGACAUGCUAUAAAGUGAGUGUAGCUUCUUCGGGAUCUAUUUUCUCUAGCGGAGCAAAAAUAAACAGAACGUUUGGCCA